CCCGAACGCGCACUUCAUUUGCUUUAAUUUCUCGAUCAACCAAUCUCCGGCCGGUCUCCGGCGGAAACGCUGAACCCUAAUCCGGCUUUCCCGCCUUUCAUUUUUCUUUUCCCUCUCAUUCUCAGCUUCUGAGAGGAGCAAUUUGUUCACCCAAUGAUAUCCUGAACAUAUCACUCGCCUUCUUGCUUCGAUGCGUGAGUUUGGGUGUUCGUUUUUCUGCAGAUGAAGAGAAUCGAGAAGUUGCCGGAGGAAAUUCGUGGCCAAAUCCGUUCCGGAAUCGUUAUUUACGACUUGACGAGGGUUGUGGAGGAGUUGGUGUAUAACAGCCUCGAUGCUGGUGCUGGAAAGGUUUCCAUUGCAGUGGGUGUUGGGACCUGCUAUGUUAAAGUGGUGGACGAUGGAUCUGGUGUGUCUCGAGAUGGGCUGGAUCUUGUGGGAGAAAGAUAUGCGACAUCAAAAUACAACCCCUUGGAUGAUAUGGACGCUAGUCCUUUGAACUUUGGCUACCUUGGAGAGGCUUUGAGCUCCAUUGCUGAUGUCUCUUUGGUGGAAAUUGUUACAAAAGCGCAUGGGAGACCAAAUGGAUAUCGCAAGGUUUUGAAGGGUUGCAAAUGUUUGUAUCUUGGAAUUGAUGAUGAUAGGGUAGAUGUUGGCACUACAGUCACGGUGCGUGACUUAUUCUACAACCAACCUGUUCGGAGGAAGCAUAUGCUAUCCAACCCAAAGAAAGUGUUACACAUGAUUAAAGAAUGUGUGAUACGAAUUGCACUCGUUCACCCCAGUGUCUCCUUCAAAGUUGUUGAUAUUGAGAGCGAAGAUGAGCUGCUCCACACAUGUCCUUUUCCUACUGCAUUGUCAUUACUGGCGAGAAGUUUUGGAAUUGAGGCUUGCAACUCUCUUGAAGAAUUGAAUGUUGCCGCUGGGCGAUUCAAGCUUCUCGGAUAUAUUUCUGGCACCCUCAAUAUUUUGUCAUUGAAGGUGUUUCAGUAUGCAUAUAUCAAUUCAAAAUUUGUCUCUAAGGGACCAAUACACAAAAUGAUAAAUAAUAUGGCUUCAAGCUUUAUUGUUGGUUCCCAAAAUGAGAAGCAGAAUAGGUCCCAGAUAUGUCCAGCAUUUCUUUUGAACCUACAAUGCCCAAAGUCUUACUAUGAUCUGACUUUUGAACCAUCAAAGACAUCUGUGGAGUUUAAGGAUUGGGAUUCUGUCUUUACUUUCAUUGGGGAUGCUGUUCGACGUCUUUGGAGUAGAGGAAAAUCUGAUGUAUUGCAUGAAAAUUGUGAAAUUGGGAAAAAGAGGCAUAGGGCCUUAGAUUGUAUAGUACCUGAGGAAACUUCUCCGAAGUCAAAGAAGCUCACUGUCAAGUGCAAUAAUUCUCUUUCCAGCAGAGAGAAUCGAUCUUCAUCUGACAAUUCGCAUGUAACCAUUAUUGAAAAGCUCAACACGGAUUGCACAUUUCUUUGUCAGACUGAUUUUCCAGAACACUCAAGUGAAGUGUCUCCAUUACCCCAUAAUAUGUUCUCUCCUGAGGACACAUUUUUGGACAAUGAUCUUUAUUGUCUAAAUAGAUCUUUCAGACAAGCGGACAAUAUUCUUAGCUCAGGAUGGCAGAGUGCAUCUCCCAAGAUUGACGGUGAAAUGGACAGGUUACUUGCAGACCAAGCACAACUUUGUAAUUCCCUGGAUCUCAUUGACAAUUCAGAGGCCUGUGAGGAUGUAAGAGAACCCUUCCUUCAGAGCUGUUUUUUAGGCAGAAGACUGAAACAUGAUGAAAAGUAUCUGGCUACUGGUGAUCAAUUUGAGUUUAAAAUAGAUGGUAACUCCAAGCAAAAUGCAUAUAGAGCUGAUGGUGGAAUUGUUCAAGUAAAAGACAUUAACAAUGUAUUGAGUCCAAUGAAUGCAUGGCACUCUGAGCAACCAGAUGGCCUAAGCUUUUCUAAGACCACCAUGCAACAUGAUGAUGUUCACAAGGAUGUGAGAAAACCCUUUCUUCAGAGUUGUUUUGUACGCAGAAGACCAAAACACGAUGAAACAAUCCUGGCUAAUGAUGAUAAAUUUGAUAGCCACUCCAAGCAAAAUGCAUUUAGAGCUGAUGGUAGGGUGGUUGAAGAAGUAAAUGACAUUAACAAGAUUAUGAGUCCAAAAAAUGCAUGGCACUAUGAACAACCAGAUGUUCUAAGCUUUUCUAAGGCCACUAUGCAACACAAUGUCAUUGAUGAUGUAAGAAACCCGAUUCUUCAGAGUUGUUUUUCUGGCAGACGACUGGAACAUGGUGAAACAUCUCUGGCUACUGAUGAGGAAUUUGAGUUUGAAAUUGAUGGUGUCUCGAAGAAAAAUGCGUUUGGAGCUGAUGGGAUGGCUGUAGAAAAAAUUGAUGACAUUAACAAGAUCAUGAGCCAAAGGGAUGUGUGGUGCGAUGAACAAUCAGAUGUUAUAAGCUUUUCGGAGACCACUAUAAAACAUGAUGUCAGUGAGAAUGCUAGAAAACCAUUUCUUCGAAGUUGUAAUUUAGGCAGAAGACAAAAUGAGGGUGAAAAACCGCUGGCCACUAAUGAGGAAAUUGAGUUUGAAAUUGACAGCCAGUCAAAGCAAAAUGCAUAUAGAGCUGAUGGUAUGUUUGUUGAAGAAAUUGAUAAUAUUGACAAGAUUUUGAACCAAAGGGAUAGAUGGUGCAAUGAACCCAAUUCUCCUCCCUUUUUCACGACUAGUAGGCAACAUGAUGUGCAUCAAAGAAGUAUUUUUCUUGGUGAUUUAGUAAAUUCAACAUUGAACCCUUUGCCUUCAGAUGAAGAUGAUCUCUUUUUACGUGACUUUGUCAAGCCAUUUCCUAAUAAGGGUUGGAGAUAUGAUGGAAAUGUGAAAUACGAAUUGGCCAACAAAGACACUAAGGGCUGGAGAUAUGACCUUGAAGAAAUCUCAAUUAGUCCAGGAAAGGAGUGUUUCUUUUCAAGCUCUAAGAAUCUUUCUUCCUAUGCCAUAGAUCAUGCUGGUUACAUGGAAAUCAGCAGUGAGUUCCAAGAAUAUGACCUGAAGGGUCCAUUAUCAUCAACGAAAAAUAGUACUGACCUCCAGAAGUAUGACCUGAAUAAUACUCUCUCUCCAAAUAGUAUCAAUGUUUCUACUGAUUGCAUAAACAGUUGGGGAGAGGAUGGUCUUAAACGUUCUUCUACUUCAAGGCAUCACUCGUCCAUUAAUUUUGAUUGGGAGUCAAGCAUAAUGGCCCCCCGUACAAAUCUAAGCAAAAUGUUUGUUCCUUUUAGGAGAGGUAGAAGAAGCAGAUCAGCUCCUCCCUUUUACAGAUGCAGGAAGAAAUUCUCUGCCUUGAGCGAUUCUUUGACCACAACAACAGGAAAGAUAAAUCUGCAGACCAUCCAUGAUGGCACUGAAACAUGCAACCGGAAGCAAAUCCAGAGCCAUUCUGAAAUGAAUAGUGUGAAGCCUUCGAUACAAUCCAAUCAAUAUCAUCACUCUACUACACUAUAUUGUGAGGGGAAUUCAAUCUCAGAUAAUAUACCAGAUGCAAGGAUGAAAAACAUUGAUAAAGGGCAAUGCAGCAACAAGUGCUACACGGGUUCCUUUGAAGGAGGAGCUAUUGUUCAUGGUUGUGAAGAGUUUAUACCAAGGGAGAUUCAAGAAACAGUAGGUUGUAGGGAAGAACAGCAGAACAGCCAUCCACAUCAUUCAAGUACAAGUGAAUCACUCCAUCUUAAGAAUCAGGAUGCUAUACUUGACAUAGCUUCUGGUGUCUUGCACCAUGCUAGUGAUUCAUUAGUCCCUCGUUCCUUGGAUAAAAAUUUCUUGGAGGGUGCUAAAGUUCUUCAACAAGUUGAUAAAAAAUUUAUUCCCAUUGUGGCAGGCAGAACACUCGCUUUAAUUGACCAGCAUGCUGCAGAUGAGAGGAUUCGUCUUGAAGAAUUGCGACGGAAGGUCCUAUCUGGAGAAAUGAGAACGACAAACUACCUUGAAUGUGAGCAAGAACUGGUGAUACCUGAGAUUGGAAUUCAGUUGCUGCAUGAUUAUGCUGCACAAAUUCAGAGUUGGGGCUGGAUUUGCAACAUUCAUACUCAGGGAUCAAGAUCUUUUACGAGGAAUCUGAAUAUUAUGAAUAAGCAGCAAGCAGUUGCCAAACUAAUUGCGAUACCGUGUGUUUUGGGGGUUAAUUUGUCUGAUGUCGAUCUUCUAGAAUUUCUUCAACAGCUUGCUGAUACCGAUGGAUCAUCAAUGGUACCACCGUCUGUGCUCAGGGUCCUGAAUAAUAAAGCUUGCAGGGGUGCAAUUAUGUUUGGAGACACACUACUGCCUUCAGAAUGCUCCCUUAUUGUUGACGAGUUAAAGCAGACUUCAUUGUGUUUUCAAGGAGAAAAGAAGCCACAAUCCAAACAAGGCGUACAAUUGUUUGAUUCCCUAACACUUGCAAAUUUGUGUGGCUAGUGUGCUCACGGUCGACCCACCACAGUCCCGCUAGUCGAUUUGGAUGCUUUGAGUGAGCAGAUAUCAAAGAUGACAUCAUGGACCAGCGGCUCAUGCGAGUCGUGGCACGGCUUACGCCGCCACAAAAUCAGUUUAGAAAGGACGGCGAAGCGGUUGAAUGGUUGAUUACGAAAGCAUGCACAACGCAUAUACACCAUAUAAAAAGGUACAGAAAUCUGUUGAUAUUUCCCAUUGUGUAUAGUAAGAGCAAUAGCUGAUUGUUGUUGAGCUUUUCAGUACUUUUCCGUUUGAGGGAUACAAAAAUCUUUUACUCGCCGUUUUUAAAUAAUUGUCUAUUGUGAUCGCUUCCAUACACUAAAAAUGGAAUGAAUGCGGAUAUGCAUUGUGUCCACAUUCAUUUGAUUUGCUAUGGACGUAGAAAAUCAUAAUAGAUAGUUCUUUAAGAACAGAGUAAUGUGUAGAGUUGUGUAGAUAAACCAGGAAGUUUGUGAGCUA